UUCUGUUUACCUUGACAGUUCGUUAGGUCGUAACGGAGUAAUGCUACUCUUUGUUAAGUAAAGUGGUGAGAAAUCUUGCUCUUAAACAAGAUUUGCUUAAUUAAAUGAGCUUCAUCACCACCCAUGCUGACAUUUGUCCUCGUAAGUUAAAGGAACUGGUAAUAGUUUGCUUUUAAGUCUACUUAUUUCGUAGUUAGCCAACGCUAGCGUGCUAGCUGCCGCUCGGGAGGAUGUCGCUUCACGGCAAAAGAAAAGAAAUCUACAAAUACGAGGCGCCAUGGACGGUUUAUGCGAUGAACUGGAGCGUCCGUCCAGACAAACGCUUUCGGCUGGCACUUGGGAGCUUUGUGGAGGAAUACAACAACAAGGUUCAGCUGGUGGGUCUGGAGGAGGAGAGCUCAGAGUUUGUCUGCAGGAACACAUUUGAUCACCCUUACCCCACCACCAAGAUCAUGUGGAUCCCUGACACCAAGGGGGUUUACCCGGACCUGCUGGCCACCAGUGGAGACUACCUGCGCAUUUGGAGGGUCAGUGACACAGAAACACGUCUUGAAUGUUUGCUGAACAACAACAAGAACUCAGACUUCUGUGCGCCCCUCACCUCCUUUGACUGGAAUGAAGUUGAUCCCAAUCUGCUGGGAACUUCCAGCAUUGACACAACCUGCACUAUCUGGGGGCUGGAGACCGGUCAGGUGCUAGGACGAGUGAACCUGGUCUCUGGACAUGUGAAGACCCAGCUGAUCGCUCAUGACAAAGAGGUGUAUGACAUUGCAUUCAGCCGUGCAGGAGGUGGUAGAGAUAUGUUUGCCUCUGUGGGAGCUGAUGGGUCCGUCCGCAUGUUUGACCUCCGGCACCUGGAACACAGCACAAUAAUCUAUGAAGACCCGCAGCACCACCCGCUGCUCCGCCUCUGCUGGAACAAGCAGGACCCUAAUUACCUGGCCACAAUGGCCAUGGACGGCAUGGAGGUCGUCAUCCUGGAUGUACGUGUACCUUGCACACCAGUGGCUCGGCUGAACAACCAUCGCGCCUGUGUUAAUGGCAUCGCCUGGGCCCCCCACUCCUCAUGUCACAUCUGCACUGCAGCUGACGACCACCAGGCCCUGAUAUGGGACAUCCAGCAGAUGCCACGGGCCAUUGAAGAUCCCAUCCUGGCCUACACCGCUGAAGGGGAGAUUAACAAUGUGCAGUGGGCGUCCACACAGCCGGACUGGAUCGCCAUCUGCUACAAUAACUGCCUGGAGAUCCUGCGUGUCUAAAGCUAUGGACACUUGGAUGAAGAGGAGAAGGAGUGUUGUUGUUUCAGAUUUGGACUUAAUUUUUUUCCCCCUCAUCCCACUGCUUUCAAGACGAGGAUGAGGUCACGAGUGAACUGUCUGAACGUGUUUGGAGUAUCACACACACCUACUCCACAAUAACCUGGUUUACAUUUUCUUCCAUGUCUUUACUCCAUUCUUCUUCUAUUAAACGUGUUUCAGCUCUUAUUUAUUUUGCUCACAAGGUAGUGUUCAUCAUCUGCACAGCAGCUAUAGGAAGCUUCGAACUCUGAGCUGUUGUCUUUGAAAAUCAGAUUUUUAUACUUGGUGUGAUUUCAGCCAGAUGUGAGAUUAUCAUGAAGGGUUUAGGUGUUUCAUCUGUUGGAUUUGUAAAGGUUGAUACAAACUGCUUUAGGUGGCAGACGAUGACCUCUCUGAUAUGUCAGAAUUUGUCGUAGCCUUCUUGUGGACUCGUACCAUAUUAUUGCUGAUUGAAAUAUCAGUAUAUUACAGUCUUGUUUACUCCUGUGGCAAUUUGAAUUUUUAAAUGGGUGUGUGUCCAGUGUCCUCUCCAAAUAAUUGUAUUCAGGCUCAAAAUGUGACCUGUGCAACUUUUAAAAAUUGUAAAAUAACCUGAGAGGGCUUCAUAUUGUCACUGCUGUGCUGUCUGUCAUCAUGUAGCGUGUUUAAGUUUGGCUGUUGAUGCUGUGAGGCAGCCUUGUACAGCAACACUGAGAACCUACCAGAGCAAUGUUGUUCAGCCUUUUAGCUCCCUAAUUAUUCUCUUCUUUUUAUUUGUAGAAGAUUGUGCUUGGAAAGCUGAGUUUUUUUCUUUGUGUUAGAGUGAGUUGUGAAAUGAGAAGAGAGUGAAACAACUUUCUGACUGUGUCUGUGUCUGCCUCUCUUUUACCUGUUUUCAAUAAUUAAAGGGUCAUGUCCUUGUAGCAUGCCAUUACAAGGCAAAAUGUACAUACAUAUAAAUAUAUCAACCUACAAUGUUGGUAAGCCAAGUGUUCAUGUUGUAGCUUUUUUCAUAAAGUUUAUUAUUGAAUUUGCUCUAAUAAAUUGUAUUCCUCCAUGUCUUAGGAA